AUGUUGAGCAAGAAUGACAAGUGGGUUUUCACAACUGUUGACAAUGUGCACAACCAUAUAACUGUGAGCCCCAAGAAGACAAGAUUCUUACGAUCACACAAGUUUCUAGAUGAAUACAGUCAGAGGAUCCUGGACCUGAAUAAUCGAGCCGGUAUAAGAAUGAACAAAAAUUAUUAUUCUCUUGUCGUUGAUGCGGGGUGUUUUGAGAACCUAACUUUUCAAGAGAAAGAUUGUCGGAAUUUCAUUGACAAGAGUAGACAUUUGAGGUUGGGUAAAGGAGGUGGCGAAGCCCUUAAUCAGUAUUUCCAAAGAAUGAGAGAUCAGAAUGAUGGUUUCGUAUCUAACAUGGACGUGGAUGAUGAUGGAAGGUUACGAAAUUUUUUUUGGGCUAAUGCUCGGAGUCGAGCAGCCUAUGAAUAUUUUGGAGAUGUCGUAACUUUUGAUACAACAUACCUAACAAAUAGGUACGAGAAGCCUUUUGCACCGUUUGUUGGUGUUAAUCAUCAUGGGCAGUCCAUAUUAUUAGGAGCGGGAUUGAUUUCAAAUGAGGACACAGAUACUUUUGUGUGGUUAUUUCAAAUGUAG